UCAGUGUGUUUGACUCAACAACUCUUGUCAGAACUGCCGGUGUGUGAGAUAGGAAAUGUUUGAGGAGUUACUCGAAGUGGAAAGGCUAAGGACCAAACUGCUGAAAGAUCAAGAUGGGGAAGAAUGGGAGAACAGUGUGAUUCCAUCAAUGCUGCAGAGACAAGUCACCAGUCAGGAUGUUCUGUCACGUAUCGAAAAGGUGAUAUUGGAGAUAAUAGAGAGCCUUUCCAAGCGGGAGCCACCUGUACUUCUCCUUCAGAACAGGUCCACUUGGGUCAAUAUCAGGUUUCACAAUACUGUCGGACUUCAUAUGGAUUCGCAGAGCAUGGUCAGCACAGUGAGAAGUGACUGCUCAUCAUCUGUGACCAGAUUUGCAUCUACCCUGAAAAUCCUGUCUGUUGUCUAUAAACUUGUUCAGAGGAAUACGUAUGCCACAAAAAGGGACAUCUAUUACAAUGAUACACAGCUGUUUGGAUCUCAGAGGACUGUGGAUUCCAUAGUAGAUGACAUUUCCUGUAUGCUGAAAGUCCCACGCAGGAGCCUUCACGUUCUUGCCACAUCAAAGGGUUUAAUCUCAGGUGAUCUCUGCUACCAGGAAGAAGAUGGAACCAGAGUGAAUUGCAGCUCCAAUGCAAUAUUGGUUUCAUCAAAUGUCUAUGGAGUAAAGAAUAUCAUGUCUUCUGCUAAAUUUAUUCUUAUUGUGGAAAAAGAUGCAACCUUUCAGAGACUCCUGGAUGAUGAGUUUGGCACCAGUCUGUCUCCAUGCAUCAUGGUUACUGGAAAGGGUGUUCCAGACUUAAACAGCAGACUGAUGGUUAGGAAGCUGUGGGACACAUUGCAUAUUCCUGUCUUUGUGCUGGUGGAUGCAGACCCACAUGGCAUUGAAAUUAUGUGUAUCUAUAAGUAUGGAUCAGUGUCAAUGUCAUUUGAAGCACAAAAUCUCACUGUGCCAAGUGUGAAAUGGCUGGGCCUUCUUCCAACAGACAUUGAAAGGCUAAGAGUGCCAAAGGAUGCCCUCAUUCCAUUUACAAAGAAGGAUGAGAGCAAACUUAGCAGCCUGCUGAAGCGCCCUUAUGCUGCCACUCAGCCUGCAUGGAGAAGAGAGAUGGAGCUGAUGCAAAAGUGGAAGCAGAAAGCUGAAAUCCAGUGCUUGACCUCUUUCGCCCCGGACUUCUUAACACGCGUGUACCUACCGAAUAAGCUCCGUUAUGGCGGUUGGAUAUGAUCCCAGAG